AAGAAAGUGUGGAACUACAUUUGAUCAGGAUGGGGGCCGCUCAGCAAAUAAAACCGCCGUCUCCUGCUGUGAAGCUUUGCUUUAACACCAAGUGAUCUAGGUUGGGGCGGGGGUGUUUCCGGCCGGAGGCCAUUAUAUGGGACACCGGAAGGCGGAAGUGCUAGAACGGAAGUGGCGGAGAGGAACGGGGAAUGGCGGCUGAAGACUGGAUUUGGCGUUGGGGCUGGGGCCGGCGGUGCCCGGGGAGUCCUGGGCUUCCCGGCCCCGGCCCUGGCCCCACGACACCUCUACUUCUUAUCCUGUUGCUGGGGUCGGUGGCUGCGGAUAUAACUGACGGCAAUAGUGAACACCUCAAGCGAGAGCAUUCGCUUAUUAAGCCCUACCAAGGGGUCGGUUCCAGCUCCAUGCCCCUCUGGGACUUCCAAGGCAGCACUAUACUCACAAGCCAGUACGUGCGUCUGACCCCUGAUGAGCGCAGCAAAGAAGGCUCUAUCUGGAAUCACCAGCCUUGCUUCCUCAAGGACUGGGAGAUGCACGUCCACUUCAAAGUGCACGGCACCGGGAAGAAGAACCUCCACGGAGACGGCAUCGCCCUGUGGUACACACGGGACCGCCUUGUGCAUGGGCCUGUUUUUGGAAGCAAAGACAACUUCCACGGCUUAGCCAUUUUCCUGGACACAUACCCCAAUGAUGAGACCACGGAGCGCGUGUUCCCGUACAUCUCGGUGAUGGUGAACAAUGGCUCCCUGUCCUACGACCACAGCAAGGAUGGCCGAUGGACUGAGCUGGCAGGCUGCACAGCCGACUUCCGCAACCGUGACCAUGACACCUUUCUAGCCGUGCGCUACUCCCGGGGCCGCCUGACGGUGAUGACUGACCUGGAGGACAAGAACGAGUGGAAGAACUGCAUCGACAUCACGGGAGUGCGCCUUCCUACCGGCUACUACUUUGGGGCCUCAGCUGGCACCGGUGACCUGUCUGACAAUCACGACAUCAUCUCCAUGAAGCUGUUCCAGCUGAUGGUAGAGCACACCCCUGACGAGGACAACAUCGACUGGACCAAGAUCGAGCCCAGUGUCAAUUUCCUCAAGUCACCCAAAGAUUCAGCAUUUAGCGUAUUGGGAGUUCAUUUCCGUGUGGGGAGUGAUGUCGAGGUCUGGUUGUCCCCUCCAUGCUGAUGUCCAGCCCAUUGUGCCAGCAGCACCUUCAGUGACGCAUUUUUUCUCUGCGUGAGCCACAGCGCCACUAAGGCAGAGCUUGGCCAGUGGUGGCCCGUCUUGACACUGCUCCCUCGCCUUCCUCCUCUUCCAUGGCCUUGGCUUUAAGGCUGAAAACUCAGCUGAACCUCCCCGCUCCUUCUGGGUGGGGGAGGAGAUGCCUGCGGCAUCAGCUGCGGAGGUUUUCGGUAACCACAUCAGGCGGUGGCAGAUGCUUAGCCACCGCCCCCUCCUCUGUGGGAGGGUGGUGUCUCUGAAACUGGGGAGGCCCCCUGGGACCUCAGAGGCCAGCUGGGUACAGCCCUUCUCACAGGGCUGGGGUGCUGCUCCAGCCUGAACUGCCAACCGCAGGGCUUCCAUGUGAAAAAGUAAAUCUGC